AACAAUUAUGCUUUCGUGUGUUGCCUUUAACAAUAUAAAGCAUAGAGCGAGCAAAUAUUUUCAAUCACAACAGUAUUUACCAACCAAAGCGAUCACAAUGAAGUUAGCUGUGCUUGCAGUCGUCUUUACGCUAUGCCUAGCAUUCGUCGCGGCCGAUAUCGAUUACUCCAUCGAGGAUAAUGAAAUAGCGGAGUUCGCACCUUUGGGUAUCGCCGAUGAACUUGGCGAUGCGGAUACAUUCAGUGUCUUCGGCAUCUUAUGGUUCGCCAUUACGGGCAGUUUACGUACGCUCAAAGGUGUCAAUUGCACCGUACGCCGUGUGAUGAGCAUACGCAGUGAAGCCGUUAAUUUCCUGAAUGCUUUCAAGGGUUGUAAUAGUGGCGCUUUGAAGGACCUCAACGCUUUGAUCAAUCAAGUGCAGACUGUGGUGAACACCUGCAAUGAUAUUAUCAAUUUGAACAGCAAUGUUUGCAACAAUGGUGCGCUCGAUGAUCAGGCUGAUGCCAAGAAGAAUACUUCAUUCUCGUGUUUCUUCAAGUUGUUGGGUAAAAUGCUGUCGCUGAAGAAUCAAGUUGGCAAGACAAUCACCUUGUCGAAGAAGUUGUCAUCCACACCGGGCACCUAUGGCACAUGCAAUAUGUCUGCAGUAACCGAUUUGGUGUCGGUGUUCACACAAUUCCCGACUUACGUGAAGACUUGCUCGAAGUUGAGGAGUUAAAUUAGUGGAUUUCUUGUUCGCUGUAAAUUUUGAUAUUGCGAUGAAUAAAUAGAAAUCGCAUUGCGAUGCAUAUGAA